ACUCAGAACGUUCCGGUUCCUGUUGCAUCUGCGCACUCCACCUCCAAUUACAACAUCAGCUGACGUCAGUGACAAUAAGGCUCGUGAUUGGAAGAAGCCUAUUUGACAAGUUCUCCCUGUGCACAUACCUGCGAAUGAAAUCAUUAGAUUGAAAGGAGAUUCUUCACAUGGCUUCCAAAGAAGUGACCAUCACAGUUCGCCUCAUUCGUUCCUUUGAGCAUCGGAACUUCAAACCUGUUGUAUAUCAAGGAGUUAAUUUAGACCAAACUGUAAAGGAAUUUAUAGUAUUUCUGAAGCAAGAUAUUCCUUUAAGGACCAGCCUGCCACCACCAUUCAGAAAUUAUAAAUAUGAUAAAUUGAAGAUUAUUCAUCAAGCACAUAAAUCAAAGACAAACGAACUUGUGCUGAGUUUGGAAGAUGACGACACACUCAUGUUGAAAGAAGACCACACUCUGAAAGCAGCUGGAAUCGCCAAUGAAACUGAAAUUGCAUUCUUCUGUGAAGAAGAUUAUAAGAACUACAAAGCUAAUCCCAUUUCAUCCUGGUGAAAACCCCACGGGCUUCCUUUUUGCAUGCCUGUAUUAAGCUCUUUAUUCCACUAGUGAGUUUUUAAAUUGACAAAUAAACUUUAAAAAUUAA